GAGGGAAUCCAUCAGCUCUACCGCACAGCUGCACCACGAAGGCGGUGGGACCAUGGAGGCGCCACUGCUGAGCGCCUUAUUCCUCCUUACCAGCGUGCUCUUCCUGGUGUCGCUCCUCAGCCUCUACUAUUCCAUGGCCUUCAGUCAAAUUCGACGUUGGUUGAGGCUGACUGAAGAGUACGACGAUUGUCGAACGAAGUUCUGCUGCGUCUUCGGCACCCGUGUCAAAAGCGUGCGCAACGAAUCCACCAAUCUCUGCGAGGACAUCUACACGCCCAUGUGUUCCACCGUGAAUCUUACUUGUCCCGACGGCGAGAUUACAUCCGAACAGCGUACGUGGAGUGUGUCUGAGGCGCUGACCAGGCGACUGCUCGGACUGGCUGAAGUGCUGGGUUCGGCAGAAGCGCUCAAGAAUCCGGCCAGCAACGUUUCCGCUCUCCUCUUUCGCUCUUGCCUUGCCAGAGGGCAUCACCUUUCUGCGCAGGAUGGCAUGCGACGGCUCUUGUCGUCCGUUGGCCUGUCCUGGUGGCCGCUUCGGGAGAACGAGUCAGGUGACGUGGCUGCUGCGCUCAUGGCGCAACUGCGAGACUUCGCCGCACCCUUCGUCGUCACGCUCUCGAUCAGGGAGGCAGUCAGGAACUCGCACAUACGGACCAUUUCGCUGGAGGCGCCGGAUCUGUUGCUCAGCCCAACGUCGUGGAUGCUGACCGUUGCCCCCGAUGAAAGCGUCGAGGAGGUCCAGGAGCAUCACCAGAAGGCGUACGAGAAAUACGCACUGGCCGUCUUGUACGAGCUGCAGCCGGACGCCUUCUCGAGUGGUCCUCUGUCCGAGCUCGCCACGCAGCUCUACGUCUUCGAGCAGGCCCUGGCCGCCCACAUUCCCCGGCGUUCGACCACCGCCUCAGAUCGCCUGGAGAUACAACUGCGUCUCUUGCAAGAAACGGAGGACCUGGCGCAGUGGAGUGGCAUACUUCGUGGCGUGUUUGAAAGCCUAGGCCAGUCGACCUUAGAACUGGUUCCCGUGGUGAUCUUUAGCCGCUACUACCUGGCGUUCCUCAAUGAACUGCUGUGGAAAAGGUCUGUGGUGCUGGCCAACUACCUGGGAUGGCGUCUCGUCGAGUACGUCGCUUGGUCCGGUUCGGCAAGUCUGCGCGACCAGCGGCGCCAUUUCCGGGACUCUGUGAGGUCGUUCCAGCUUACCAAGGAAUCUCCGGAGCUGCGGUGUGUCGUGGAGGUCUACCAGCUGCUCCCGGCGUCUAGCAGCCGCCUCUACCGGUCCGCGGUGGCACUGAUGCCCAAGAGCGAGCGGAUACUUUUGAAGCUCACGGUGUCGGCGCUAAAGAUGGCUAUGACCGCGAUCUUGCAGGGUUCGCCCUGGGUGGACAACGCAACGCAGUGGCACGCCGUCCGCAAGAUUCAGAGCAUGAAUGUCUCUUUCGCCCACGGGAACCUUCCACCAGCAGAACGAUUGACCUCAGGCGAGACGAUCUCCGAGACCAACUUGUACGAGAAUCUGCUGACGCUUGCCCGGAGGAAAGGCCAGGCACUGCGAGCCACGCUGCGCGGAGACGACCCGAUAGCUUCCAGGGGCAUCAAUCACAUCGGAGUAGCACCCGUCUACAAUCCCGUAAUGAACACACUAUACGUUCCAUACGGACUGCUAGUAAUCCCACUAUUCACUGACGCAACCCCGAGCGUUCAUUUCUCGAACUCGGGGUUCAUAAUUGCCAAGGAAAUGCUCCAGGCCUUUUUGGGUACCGGGCAAUACUUCCAUGACGACGGCCACAAGAACUACUCUUGGUGGUCCCUGUUUACGACAGCGAACUACGAAGCAAACAAGCAAUGCAUGGAGUUUAUUCUGAGGGACCAAUCCAAUUUCAGCCCUACGGAAGAAGAGAUGACGGACCUGCUGUGGAGUGGAGCCGCGCUGCACAUUGCGCACAAGGCGUUCCGGAUAUUCUUGGGUCAGUACGCCGAGUGGCUGCAGAAGAUCGCCGCUUCCAAGACUCUGUACACGCAGUCGCAGCUCUUCUUCCUCGGAUUCGUUCUGGCGAGUAUUCGUACCAAUUUUUCGCACGCGAUCAAUCUUUAA